AUGAAGUUUUCGCAUUCGUUGAAGUACAACUCCGUACCGGGAUGGCAGGAGCACUAUUUGAAUUACUCGCAGCUUAAGAAGCUGAUCUAUAACCUCCAAUCUCAAGAUUUGAGGUCCUUGAACGAAAACAGCGUUCAACAGGGCGUGGUCAUUGGGGAAGAUCUGAAAACGGGGUCUUCCAAAAAGUUGAGUUUCAAAAAAUGGAAAGAGAAAUCACCUUUCAAGAGCGAUAAAAAUGGUACCAAAAGUCCACCCGAAGAUGACUUCAACGUUGAAACAGUCGAGCUCAGCGACAUGAGGAAAAAAUCCAAAAACAAACUACAGUCUCUUGUCGAUUUUGAUCGGCGGAGCUCGGUAUCGAGUGACCCGACGUUGUUCAGUCCACAGGACACAUUUUUGAGUCGUCUUGUAGAUGAGAGGACUAAGAUCGAUGAUUUUUACAAAACGCUCGAAGUGCAGCUAUACUCUCGUUUUGACACUUUAGUAGGGGAUCUCGAGAAAGUAGGUGCCUUGAGACACGAGGGAUCAUCCGCACAUUUACGCCGUAGGUCUAGUACUGCGGUGUCUGGUAACCCAGCUCUAUUGCGUGGGGAUACAGAAACCGCUUACGAGCAUGGUUCGGACGAAGAGGAUGAUGAAGAGGAAGAUUUUGAUGGCGAAGGAGGCGAAGAAAACACGGCGCUCUUGACCUAUUCCGAUUUUAAUAUCAAGUCUCAAAAACGGGCCAUCUUAAAGAAAAAUAUAAUAGAUCUCUAUGUGGAUUUGGCCCAGCUGAAAUCGUUCAUUGAAUUAAAUCGCAUUGGUUUUUUGAAAAUUACCAAAAAAUUCGAUAAGAACUUUGAAACGGACAUAAGGGGCGAGUUGAUUGAAUCGGGCGAGUUUUUCAAAGACGUUUAUGUGUUUCAAGCACCGACCUUGGAAGUGUUGAAUUUCAAAAUAAUGCGGUUGAUAGAUUUCUUUGCUGUAACUACAAACAAAGACAUCUCUGCGGCAAAAGAUGAGCUCAGGUCUUAUCUGAGAGAUUUCAUAGUUUGGGAAAGAAACACGGUAUGGAAGGACAUGCUUGGACUCGAAUCCCACGACACAACUUUUGCUUCAGCCGGUAGGCCAAGUGCUAACGGUGAUAUUACCAAUUUGGACAAUACAAACCUCGAAUAUUACAGUUGGAAACUAAGGAGACCUAUCAAUUUCAAAUAUUUCGUCAUCGACAAAAUCAGCAUUCCAAAAUUGUUUUUCACUAUUAAGUCACUCAAGAUUUUCCUAAUCAUAGCGCUCACCGCAAUUUUAUUAGGUGUUACUACCUUCACAGAUCAGGUAGAACAUCGAUGCAUGGCGCUUGUUGCAUGUGUUGCAUUUUUAUGGGCAACUGAAGCUAUCCCAUUGUUCGUCACGGCCUUUUUAGUACCUCUACUGGUUGUUCUUUUCCGCGUUUUGAGAGACUCACAUGGGCAUGUUAUGACGGCCUCCGCCGCUUCGAGCCAAGUUCUUUCUCUAAUGUGGUCUUCGACUAUCAUGGUUUUACUUGCCGGUUUCACGUUAGCCGCCGCUCUAUCGAAGUACAACAUUGCGAAGGUGCUAGCAUCCUAUUUACUAGCCUUUGCAGGCACAAAACCGGCGAACGUUCUUCUGAUGGUUAUGGGAGUCGUCUUCUUCUUGUCUAUGUGGAUCUCAAACGUUGCCGCGCCUGUUCUCACUUACUCUUUGAUUCAACCAUUGUUGAAAUCAUUGGACACCAAUUCUCCCUUUGCAAGAGCUUUAGUCUUAGGUGUUGCCAUGUCUGCAAACGUGGGAGGAAUGGCUUCUCCAAUCUCGUCUCCUCAGAAUAUCAUUUCCAUGAACUACUUGAAACCUUACGGCGUCGGAUGGGGUCAAUUUUUCGCAAUUGCCCUACCGUCUGGGAUUCUCUCCAUGUUGCUGAUUUGGGUUCUACUCAUUCUCACUUUCGACAUUAAAAAAACUCAGUUGAAAAAGUAUUCUCCCAUUAAAGAACGGUUCACAUUGAAGCAGUACUAUAUCAUUUUCGUCUGUCUCGGAACUAUCAUCUUGUGGUGCGUUUUGUCAAAACUUCAAAACGUGUUUGGCUCGUCCGGUCAGAUCGCUAUCCUGCCCAUCAUUCUCUUUUUCGGUACCGGUUUACUGACGACUCAAGACAUCAACAACUUCCCCUGGUCCAUCGUCAUCUUGGCGAUGGGUGGUAUUGCAUUAGGUGGAGCGGUCUCUUCUUCUGGCUUGUUGACGACCAUCGCUACGGCGCUCGAGAAAAGAAUCAUGGAUUAUCCGCUCUACGCAGUUUUGAUCAUUUUUGGUGUUAUCAUGCUAGUCGUGGGUACUUUCGUGUCCCACACCGUUUCAGCCAUCAUUAUUAUCCCACUCAUGCAGGAAAUUGGUGAUAAGCUGCCAAACGCAAAAGCGGCGCCAAUCUUGGUUUUUGGCUGUGCACUUUUAUCCUCUUGCGGUAUGGGUCUGGCUUCUUCGGGUUUCCCGAAUGUCACGGCCAUUUCAAUGACAGACGAAGUUGGUAACCGCUAUUUAAAUGUCAACACUUUCAUCACAAGGGGUGUGCCAUCCUCUUUCUUGGCCUUCAUUUCCGUUAUCACCUUAGGUUUCGGUAUUAUGAAUUCUGUGCUUCAUGGUGCCUCAUGA